GUGCUUUUAUCUGCCAACAACCACUAACCUUCAGCUUGAUCAACCAUGAGUUCCUCAAUAGCCAAAGGUCCACAUCCGCUAUUAGCACGAUAUCUCUCUGCUCUUGCUUCUCAUCCCCUUCGUACGAAAGCUAUUACUACUGCACUCCUAUGUUUCUUACAAGAAAUUCUUGGGAGUAACCUAGCCGGCGUACCAGCCAAGAAAGUGUCAAAGGAUUACCCAUUAGUUUAUAAACUGCUGGCGAACGCACACGUAGAUGCAAAGGCAAUCAAGAUGGCAGUAUAUGGUUUCCUCGUCUCAGCACCCCUCAGUCAUUUCCUCGUCGGGGCCCUUCAGAAAGCUUUUUCUGGGAGAACUGAUACGAGAGCAAGAGUUGCUCAAAUCGUAACCAGCAAUCUUCUCGUCUCUCCCAUCCAAGCUUCAAUUUACCUUGCUUCUAUGGCUAUAAUCAGUGGAGCCAAGUCCACAAAGGAUAUCGUCAAAACAAUACAGAGCGGUUUUUGGUCAGUUAUCAGGGUGAGUUGGACGGUCAACCCGCUCGUCAUUGCAAUAGCCCAAAACUAUAUUCCGCUACAUUUGUGGGUUCCUUUCUUCAACACAGUCCAAUUUGUGCUCGGAACAUAUUUCAACUAUCGAGUAAAGCAACUACGCAUGCGGAAAGAGAAAGAGGAACUUGACAAAGGAAAAUGAGAUAAGCGUCUGUUCGAGAGGUGAAACUUGAAAUUGGAAAGCUGGGUCCAUGAAUUAUACUCACAUCACGUCGAUACAUGAACGAACUUAAAAAGAAUUAUACGCAUGGAAUAUUAAUAUGG